UCUUUGGUCUUAGACUGACAAACAUAUGUUUUUUUGUUUUAAAAUUUUGUGUGGUUGCAAGGCAGAUAUGCGUUCACAUUUCAAGGGUAGACGUUAUCCGCCUACAUAAUUGUAUAUAUCAGAUAGUCUUCUGCAAAAAAAGACAUUCUGAUCAACCAUAUAGAAGCUAUAGCCAGCCAUGAAAACAUCACGGAAAAAUGGAGUAAGGCAAUACAACAAAUCUGAACAUCCACGUCUCCGGUGGACUCCUGAGCUCCAUGAACAUUUUGUUGAAGCUGUUGAACGCCUCGGUGGAAAAUACAAAGCAACACCUAGGCGAAUUCUGCAGAUGAUGGGCGUGAAAGAACUGAAGAUUUCUCAUAUCAAAAGCCAUCUUCAGAUGUACAGAAGCAUGAAGGGUCCCAAAAACAUCAAUGUCUUAAUACCCAUGAAGAAGCAUCUGCAAGCAGAAAGAACACAACUUGAUGACAUGGGAAUCUCCUCAAUUUUCUCCUCUCAGAGGCUACUACAAGGUGAGUACUUGAUGCAAAUGGAAUCUGAGAAGUCUGAUUCUAAACAUGAUAUAUUUUCUGAUGAAAGCAAUGGACUCCAGCUAACAAAAGAAGACGGUGGUGACCCGGAGCAACAGGAUUCAGGCACAAGCUUUGUUGGUAGAACGUCUAUGGAAGAAAAUAUUGACAGGCUACCAGCUGAAACCUGUGAGCUCUCACUUUCUUUCACCCCAUCAAUGUCGUGCUGUACUGCUGAAGAAAGAGAGUUAUGGCCAUUAAUUAACGAUCAGCAACGUGAGUAUAAUUCAACAACUAGUUUCAUAAGCAGACCAGAUCAGUUCGACUGUGGGAGUAAUCACAUAAACUUAGACCUAACCAUCGGAACAUGAUCCCCCGUUAUAUAUUAAUUAAUUAGUAGAAUUAGUUUAUAUUUCAAAGCGACUGCAUGGUAUAGAUCAGACACUAUUGUGUUAGUAAGCUGAACAUCAAAAGAAGCGAUCGAACGCUGGUCAGCGACUGAUUGCUUAUGUAUGAAAGAAGAUUUUUCAUUUCUUUUCAAGUAAAUGUUCAGUUGUUAUUUGUUUAUUUA